ACCAGCAGCAGCAGCAGCGGCACCAGCAGCAGCAGCAGCGGCAGCAGCAGCGGCAGCAUGCGGGGGGAGCGGCUCCGCGUGGGACGCGGCGAGGCGGAGCGCCCGCGCCGCCCCGGCUGCUGCACCUCGGGGGGCAGGGCCCCCAGAGAGCCCUGAGCGCCCGGCGGUUUCAUUUUCCUUCACCAAUACUUCAAGGCGCAGAGGAGGUGGUAAAGGCAUUGCCAUGAAACCUAACUUGAAGCAAUGGAAACAACUCAUGCUUUUUGGUAUCUUUGCAUGGGGCCUGCUUUUCUUGGUGAUAUUCAUCUAUUUUACAGAUAGCAACACUGCUGAACCAGUUCCAAGUUCCUUUUCUUACAUUGAAACCAAGAGACUUCUGCCCCUUCAGGGCAAGCAGAGAGUUAUCAUGGGAGCCAUUCAUGACCCAUCAUUCUCUGAAACCAUUGAUGGGAACGAGGUACUUCUUAAUGAAGAUCUCCUAGGUACUUUUAAAUCUGGGACUGCAAAUUCUAAGAAAUGGACUGUAUUGGAAGAGGACUUUAGAAAUGAAGAUGAGUUUUUUCCACCCCAGUUAGGAAGAAAAUCAAAAAGUGCUUUCUAUCAAGUGAAUGAUGAUUAUUUAUUUGCUGCUGGUCAGCCUCAGUCACACAACCGCCUUCAAGAGAUAGAAAAAUUCAUUUCGGCUGAUGUGAAUAAUCCAAAAGGAAAUGUUUUACAGAGCAACUGGAGCCAUCAGAGAAGAACGAGGAGAAGGAGCACAAAGCAUAGGAGAGGCCAGAUGCUUAAUGAAUCUGAUGACUGGGAUGGGCUGUAUUCCACAAUGUCGAAAUCCUUUCUUUACAAGCUUUGGAAAGGGGAUGUCUCUUCCAAGAUGCUAAACCCUCGACUGCAGAAGGCGAUGAAAGAUUAUUUGAGUACCAAUAAGCAUGGGGUGUGGUUCAAGGGGAAGCGAAACUCCAAGUUGACAGGAGACCAGCUAUUCUGUGAGCUAAAAGAAAGAGUGAAUGUGAAAACAAUAGAUGGCAAGGAGGCUCCCUUCUCCACUCUUGGAUGGGAAAAGCACGUUCCCCAAAUUCCACUGGUCAAAUUAUAUGCACAUGGCUUUGGGAGUUGUGCAGUAGUUAUGUCUGCUGGUGCAAUACUGAACUCCUCUCUGGGGGACGAAAUAGAUUCUCAUGAUGCUGUUUUAAGAUUUAAUUCUGCUCCAACACGUGGCUAUGAAAAAGAUGUUGGCAAUAAAACAACCAUGCGGAUCAUUAAUUCUCAGAUUCUCACCAAUCCCAACCAUCACUUUGUCGACAGCUCCUUGUAUAAAGAUGUUAUUUUAGUAGCCUGGGAUCCUGCUCCCUACUCUGCAAAUCUGAAUGUGUGGUAUAAGAAACCAGACUACGAUCUGUUCACUCCCUACGUACAGCAUCGCAGGAAGAAUCCAACCCAGCCAUUCUACAUCCUCCAUCCAAAGUUUAUAUGGCAGCUCUGGGACAUCAUUCAGGAGAACACUAAAGAGAAGAUACAGCCCAACCCUCCUUCUUCAGGGUUUAUUGGUAUCCUCAUCAUGAUGUCCAUGUGCAAUGAAGUGCAUGUGUACGAGUACAUCCCUUCGGUGCGACAGACCGACCUGUGCCACUACCAUGAACUCUACUACGAUGCAGCUUGCACCUUAGGGGCCUACCAUCCCCUGCUCUACGAGAAGCUGCUGGUGCAGAGGAUGAACAAAGGUUUGCAGGAUGAUCUGUAUCGGAAGGGGAAAGUCAUUUUGCCAGGGUUCAAAGCUGUCAAGUGCCCCAAACGAAAUAAUUUCCCACACUUCUGGAAGUAAUUAUUUCAGAAACAAUGUGCAAUAAGGUACUACUGCCGUACUAUAAACAAGAAGAGAAUACUUGAAAAAAUAUAUCUUAGACCAAUCUAGUCUUGAGUCUAUAAAUUGUAAUUAAGUAGCAGGCGUGAGAAAUUCUUCUUUUCUGAGCCUGAGUAUUUAUUACUGCUUUGCAAAUAGUUACAGAAUAAAAGCAAAAGCUUAGUUCAUGAAGGUGCAAAGGACAUAUUUAGGCAGAAAUAUAAUGUAUCAUUGUUGGUGUGACUGUCAGAAUUUGUCGGUGGUCUCAUGCCACAUAUGCUAGACUGUAAGUUUUUUUAAAUGAAUUUAUUUAAUUGUCAAACCUGGCAUUGUGAAACAGCCUCCGUUGUUCAUGUAUGUACAGAGCGGCCAGUUGAACAAUGCAGCAUUUCCUGUGACUCCAUGGGAUUUUCACACUGUCCCAGAAUGAAGCAAUUGCUACUCCAAGCUAUUCACUAGUGCAGUCCUUCACUAGAGCAGACUUUAGUGCCUGUUCCUACACAGGCUCAGUUCCAGGCCUCCAGCUGAACAGGGGUUUAGGGUAGCCCUGAAGUGUGUGCAGUCAGAGAUGGCUGCGCACAGCUAAACCAGCCAAACUACCGGAUGUGGUUUUGGAUGCCAGUCUCCCAUGCUCACACUGACUGAAGAGGGAAGAGAGAAACCAUUUCUUUAGAGAAAAAAGAACAUAUUUGUAACCCAAUUAGGAAGAAAAACUCUCCCUGAAAGGACUAUCAGGAAGGUGUGAGAUGGAAAUGGUGCCUUCCCCUGGUCUGUACAGAUACAAAAGAUCCAAAGAAAGCCAAGGGCGGCUGUGCAGCAUUCACUGAUUACACUGAAAAGCAAGCAUAGAGGGGCUCACCACUUGUCAACAAAGAUAGCAUUCAGGAAUGCAGACAUUAUUUUUAGGUGUUUCAUUGGUAUCUGAAUCAAAGUCACUUGUUCAUAAGUUCUUGCUGUUCAGAAAGGCAAAGUUUUCUGACAAAAGAAGAUGAUAUCAGCAUUUUUUACUUAAUGCUUGAAAGACUACAACCCAGAAAAGCUGUAAUGCCUGCAAAAAAAAACUGACAACAGAUUGCAUAUGGAGAUGAUUUGAUAUUUUCAUUCAUAACACACAAGGACAAUAUUCUUUAAGGCAAUUCUAAAAGUUAAUGCUCUAGAGUGGUUUUCUCUCUUUUUUGGUUUGGUUUGGUUUGGUUUUUUCCCACCUGACUGUACAUUUUAUUUUAGAAUAAGUUCAGCAGGAAUAUGUGUACACAAAAGCACAGGUAUAUCCUACUCACGUCCAUCCAGUAAAAAAAGCAGACAACUGAAAAGGACAUUGAAAAGAAUAGCUGACUGGUUGUAGUAGAAAGUGGUUUUUGUGUUUUGAUUUAAGCAAAAAGCCUUUUGCCAGAAAGGCAAAGAAAAGUAAAUAAUUUUAAUGACUAUUUCACCUUCAAUUGUAAUGUAAGGAUAAUCAUAAAAUCCUUUUUCUCUUGCUCAGCUCUUUGGGAAGCGGUAUUGGAAGGAUCUUUUGGAAGGAUUAUUUUCCUUCCUCGAAAUGAGGAAUAAAUAUCUUACAUAGGACUUAGCCUUCUUUUUGGGCUUUAUGAUGAUCUUAAGAUUCUUCUUGUUGACAGAAAUCAUGUAGAUGAUCUAAUAACUGUACUUCUGUGUUGUAUGGAAAGUUAUGUCCAUAAGGCAUUUUGGUACAUAUCAAAAUUAAUAAGUUUUACUCAUACUGGGCUUGGACUUUGGAUGUAUUACACACCAAUUUCUUUUUAAUGUUAUGUGUGGUGGCAACUUUCAUUCUUGAAGUUAAUAACAUUUAAAUGCAUGGAGGAUAGAUAGCCUACACGGAACUAAUCUAUUUUUUCAUAUAUUUCAUACCCUGUUUGCAAAUCAUAAGCAGUCUGAACACAGUGCAAUUAAAUAUGUCUCUCUCUGCUGUACCCUGGGUUAGCUAUGACAUAACUCUAAAGGAAGAGAUUUUAGCUUUCUAAGACUAGUGAAGAUGCUACUUUUCAAUAAGCAGGAACUUCUAGAGUUCCAAAAAGAAAAAAAAAUCCCUUUGACUGGCCUGCAACCACUAACUUUUAAUUUCGAUUUUCACAAAGAAGAAAAAUGCUAAUUACAUUGCUCAACGACCCACAGCAAGAUUAUGUAGUAUUAUUUAUUCUCUCAAUAAUUUUUCAGAAUAAUCAACAUAGCUGUUGCUUACACAGAACAAGGCAAAUUAUAUCGUUUCAUGUAACAAGUGCUAAGCAUACCUACUCCAUACAUCAUUUAUAUACCAAUGCAGAAUCAGGUCUGUUAUAUAAGGAACUGUAUGUUUUUUAAUUUACUGGACUGCACACUCAAGCCCUUGCAGCCAAAACUUUUUCUUUGCCAUAUCCUUCUUUAUAUGGCAGUCAGCCCUCCUUCCAUAAGUGCAAAUGCAGUUGUCGUAGCACCAUCACCUCAGAAGAUGCUGCAGAGCUGUGCUGCAAACGUUUGCUCACAGAGGAGGAAGACCAACCUUUGAUGCCAACCUUUAAAAAAUGAGCCUGGAAUGGCUUUCUAACACUGGUAUCCACUGUGAUGUUUUACUGGUCUGCCUGCUCAAACACAUUGUGGCUGUUUAAAGAGCAUUUUCUCUCCUACCUUGUCUUGUCCUCCUUCGGAUUCUGGCACAAGUGCGAGUGUGUUUGAUCUGCUAAUUGAGGGCUCCCCUCCACUUGCUGCAAGGGGUGAAGGGGCAGAAAUUAAGGGGAAACAUAGAGGACCUGCAGAGCUGCUUCUCUCACCUCUUCUUACUGUCUGUGGCAUUGGCAUUCUGGCUUUUAUAAGAGCCCUCAGAGUGUUUUUGAAAUCAUGGGCAUUUCCCCCUCCCAUGUGAGAGCUGAGAAAUGUUUGCAAAGAACCACAUUCAGUAAAUUUAAAACAGUCAACAUGUAACAACACUGAACCACAGCUCUUCUAAAAAUAAUGGGUGAGAGUGCUGGGUUUAGAUGCAUGGUAAAUGCAGCAAUGUGAAAGGAAGUGUAUUUUCUCACCAAGACCAUGGGACUUUUUGGGGAAAAGAUACAGGCUUGGCUUCAUAGCUCUCCCAUGUGGCUGUCCCACACUAACAGAGUGGGACAGCACCUAGACAAGAGAGGUUUGCACAAACCUGGUGCAUCUCAAGGUGCAUCAUCAGCCAAGCAAUUGCCUCUGCUAUUGGGCCCCUGAGCUCCCUUUGCACUUGUAGGCUUUAAAUUUAUGGAAUUUUACUGACAAGUAGGAACAAGUUGCCUUCAAACACUAUUGAGCCUCAUUUCUGUGCCCUGGUGCUGUGGACAACAGUUAAAGUUAACUGGAACAAACCAGAAACACAGCAGCCGUUUAAGGAAAUGCACUGAGUUUAUGCUGAAUUUAAUUAUGCUCCUCUUUCCCCACUGUGAAUUCUGUAACUUUUCUGACUUGCGGUGCUCUAUUAUUUUAUGCAUUCAGUUUUGAAUGGUUAAAUCAAGGUAUUCUUUUGUUAAAUUAGAAAAAAAUUAUGAAAUAUUUUGCCUCAUUUGGAGCCAAAAUCUUUUUACUAGAAAAGAAUCAUUAUUUUGUUCAAUUCCUCUACAGUUUUAAAGGUUACCUCAGCAUAAAUUCAUAGCUCAGUCCGUCCUUGGAUUAAACUACUACAUCUUUUUUUUACCUUGUUGUGCAAUUUUAUGCUGUAGAAACUCUGGUAAAUUCAGUGAAAUUACCAUGAUGUACCUUUGGAGAGAGAGAAGGGUGAUGUAAACACUAAUAUAUUCUGUACAAAUUUAAUUUAAGCAUUUCUUGUCUUUGGUAAAGACAUUUUCUUUGGUGAAGACAUCCGAAUUCUGAACUUGUUGCUGUAGAUCUCUUGCCAAAGUCAGAAAAACCAAAAGAGCUGUUUUUUUUAAAUGAAGACAAGUGUCUACACUCACUGGUUGCACAGACUGAGCGCAGUCAUUUAAGAGACUGAUUGAAUUGAACAGGAGUUCAAAACACAUGUGGAGCAAUCCCUAGUGGGGUUUUUUAUUUCUUUUUUCUUCAGAAGUUUUUAAGGAUGGAAAAUGCCAUUUGGACGGUGACACAGAUGUACUAUGAAAGGAGUAUCAAAUGCAUUGGCUGCAACAAUAAAAUGUUACUAUUUUUCCCUUCAUGCUUUCUAAAGUUGAUGCAUAUUUAAAUGAAAUCCUGCUUUGAAGUAGGCAAUUCAGAAGCCUGCUGUUAAAAUUAUUUGAAUCUUUCCCAGCAUCUGUCCUCUCACACACAAGGAGGAUACCUGAUUUAAAAAUGUUUGAAAUUAAAGUAGCCCAUGUCAGGGGUACGUGAAUCACUUAAUGAAUUUUGACAGUGCAGAUGUCUUCUUUCUGGCUUAGCAAUCAGAUUCAGAAUUUUGUUCUUGAAAUAAGAGUUGUGUGUAAAAGCCUUACUUUUUCUCAUACCAUUUCAUCACUCUUUAAAAUAUGUAGUCAUUGAACUAUUCAAAUAUAGACUGUGUACUUUUUUAAUAGCUUUGAGAAUUAUUUUGUAUGAUGAUUUUUUUAAAUGAAUGUGUACUCUAAUAACAAACCUUAAGAUUUUACAGGAGUCACAUUUUUAAGCAGUGUUUGUAUACAUUUUAACACUUUUUAUAUUUUCUAUUAUGAUUUUG